GCCUUGUUGGAGGAAGCUUCAAACAAGAUUAAAGAAAACUUGGGAUUUAAAGUAAUAGUGCUUUUGAAAAUAUUAGUGAACAAUUCAUUUAUUCCUUUGAGUAGAUUUGAGAGAAAAAUCUAGAACAUAAGAUCCAAACCGAACCCAAACCCAAAUAACCCAAAAUACUGAACCAAUACUGAACUGAAAUAACCCGAGUUCGAGACAUUUGUAUGAAACAUAUUGAAAGAUUUGUUCCUAUAAAUUAAGAUUCUUUAAAUUAUAAUUUCUAAAUUUAAUAUUCAUUUUACACCGUACACGUGGUUAUAUCAAUAGUUAAAUGACCGUAAAAUACAUGUGUAUCUUAUCAGUCUAAAACAAGGUUUAUAAUUUGCAAAUAAAAUUGAAUGGACAGCAUUGUCUCCACAAAUUAAGAAAUUACAUUUCAAAAGAUAAAAAUUUAUCAAACACAAUUGGGUCCUCAUGAGUUAAAAAGUUAGCAAUCCAUAGUCACACAAUCACAAUAUAUGCUUCAUUCUCCUAGACUAUUAACCAACCAAAACAAAACAAAUACCAGUAAAAAGUUUGAGCAGUCAUGGAGCCACCUAACGAUGCUGAGCCGGGGAAAACUGACGCUGGAGCUACUACCGACCUUCAGCCACAUCCCCCACCUCAGAAUAGUUAUAUGAAUCCCAGCCAUGGCGGAAGGUAUAUACAAUACAACCUUUCCGGCACUAUCUUCGAAGUCACGGCAAAGUAUAAGCCACUGAUCAUGCUUCUUGGCAAAGGUGCUUCGGGCAUCGUUUGGUCGGCUAUAAACUCAGAGACCAAUGAGAAGGUAGCAAUAAAGAAAAUCACGCAUGCAUGUAGAAACCAAAGCACUGCAAAGAGAACUCUCCGUGAAAUCACGCUUCUUCGUCAGUUACAGCAUGAUAACAUUGUCGGAAUCAAAGACGUAGUAUUACCUCCUCAGAGAGAUGCUUUUGAAGAUGUUUACAUUGCUUAUGAAUUGAUGGACACUGACCUUCAUAAAGUCAUAAAUUCCAUUCCAGAACUAACCGAAUAUCAUCACCAGUCUUUCAUGUAUCAGUUACUGCGUGGAUUAAAGUACAUUCAUUCAGCCAAUGUGUUACAUAGAGAUUUAAAACCGAGCAAUAUCCUUUUGAAUGCGAACGGUGACUUAAAGAUCUGUGAUCUCGGGCUUGCUCGUGUGGCUUCAGACGCAAUGACUGAGUACGUUGGCACAAGAUGGUACCGUGCACCAGAGCUUCUCUUGCACUCUUCUGCUUAUACCUCAGCUAUAGAUGUUUGGUCUGUUGGCUGUAUAUUCUUUCAGAUGCUGACUCGCACACCCCUCUUCCCUGGAAGAAGAGAUCGUGAUCAUCAGCUUCGUUUGAUUCUGGAGUUCAUAGGCUCUCCAAGAGAAGAUGACAUUGGAUCUUUGAAUGAAAGUGCUAAGCAAUACUUAAGGACGCUUCCUCUUUUUCAUCGCCAAUCUUUCUUUGUAAAGUUCCCAAAGGUGUCUUUCUCAGCUCUUUCGUUGUUGGAGAAGAUGCUCAAGUUUGAUCCUAGAAAGAGAAUCUCAGUUGAGGAUGCACUUGCUGAUCCAUAUUUCAAAACGAUGCACAACUACAUUAGCUAUGAACCAGUGUGCACGAAUCUCUUUGACUUCGAUUCUGAGGAACAUCCACUCACACUGGAGCAGAUUAAGGAGCUGAUCUACGAUGAAGCCCUGGCUUUUAAUCAUGAUUUCCUAGCUUCCAACCCUGAACCAGCAACAGUUGAGAAGGAACAGUGACUUGGUUUGCAAGCAACUCAUAAAACAGUCAUCAUUGUCUUCUCAACUCUUAUCAUUUGUCUUUUUCAGUUUUCUCUUUGAGGCUUAGAGCCAAGACAGAGAUUCUCUCAGAAGAUUUUUUUUUCUUCAUGUACUAAGAUUUUCUGCUAGAUUUCUCCAUUAAAACUUAAAAGUUCUUUUUGAUA